GUUUUGUUUUGUCUUACUAACUGUUGUGUUUUCAUUGAAUAUUUUUUUUAUCAUCUAGUGUCAUUAUUUGUUUAAAUAAUUUUUUCAAUUAUUUUUGUUAAGGUACAAAAAUUUUAAUCAAUCAAAACGGCUUCCAAUAGUUCAACAUCACCUUCUGGCAUGUCUAAUACCAGAAAAGGAAAGGGUCGUGGAUUCGCUAAAAAACGAGCUCAUCGGGCAACUAGCAAUGUUUUUGCUAUGUUUGACCAAGCCCAAAUUCAAGAAUUUAAAGAGGCUUUUAAUAUGAUUGAUCAAAAUCGUGAUGGAUUUAUUGAUAAAGAUGAUCUACAAGAGAUGUUAGCUUCUUUGGGUAAAAAUCCAGAUGAAAAUUAUUUGGAAGGAAUGAUGAGUGAAGCUCCUGGUCCAAUAAAUUUUACCAUGUUUUUAACGUUAUUCGGUGAGAAACUCCAAGGUACAGAUCCUGAAGAUGUGAUAAAAAAUGCUUUUGCAUGUUUUGAUGAAGAUAACAAUGGUUUGAUCCAUGAAGAAAAACUAAGAGAAUUGUUAACUACAAUUGGUGAUCGGUUUAACGAUGAAGAUGUCGAUGAAAUGUAUAGAGAAGCUCCAAUCGAUGAAGGUGGAAUGUUCAACUAUACUGAAUUUACAAAAAUCCUUAAACAUGGUGCUAAAGAUAAAGAUGAUCAAUAACGAACCAACGAUGAUGACAUAAGCAAAAAUUAUCUAUUGAUUGAUUUAUAAUACAUUUUACAAUACUAUAUGCUAAGUAUAUGGUGAAUGUAAUUUUCAUUAGAGAUAGAAUUCAGAGUUAUUUCAUAUUCUUUGACUCAUUCAAAUAUCUAACGUAUAUAAUAUUGAACAUAGUUCAAUCCUUCUUACAAGUAACUUUAAGUUUCUAUUUGUUUUGUACAUGAACGAAUCGCAUUCUUCAAAGAUUACCCGUUUCAAGCAAGGUUUCAACUUUAUUACCUCAACAAAGUUGGCCAUAAAAAAUCUUGUAAAAUUUUGAAUGCAUUGUCAUUUUGGAAAUUUUCUGAAUGCCUUAUUACAAUUAUAUAAUUUGAUUUUAUUUUAUAAUCAAAUUUUCAAAGUAAAAAAUGUGAUGUCCAA